AUGACUACGGAUCACGUCGAUGAGCCAGUCAUCCCUGCGCCAGAUGUUCAAGAUGACCCGAUGGAGGUACUAGCUGUUGUGAAGGACAUUCCUGCGGACAUUCCAGCGGAUGUAGGCGCAGAGGCGGCUGAGGAUCAGCAUCAGGGAUUUCCGGGUGGUCCGAGCGACCCAUCCGUGUUAACAGCGUAUGCGGAUCACGUUGCUUGCAGCGUAUGGACGGGAGAGGAGCGUCUUGAAUUGAAGCUAUCCUCUCAUGGGAGGAAGGUCCACAGUUUAGGCAGGUCUGUCCCUGCCAUUGAGGGACUUAUUGCUGGUACAAGACUAAGUCCUCUGAUCGCGUGUUCGGUAGACACCAACGAUCGGGGACUUUUGUCCACGUUUGUGGAGCGGUGGCACCGGGAGACGUCUAGUUUCCAUCUCCCGGUGGGAGAGCUCACCGUCACAUUGGACGACGUCUCCUCUCUUCUCCAUCUUCCCGUUAUUGGUGACUUACACGCAUUUGAGCCAUUGCACGUGGACGAUGCGGUUCAAAUGCUGGUGGACUUGUUAAUGGUCUCUCCAGAGUCUGCUAAGGCUAAGACAGUCCAGUGUCACGGACCGUAUGUACGCCUGCAAUGGGUACGUGAUAUAUAUCAGCGCCGAUGCCAGGCAGGUCAUUGGACAGUUGCGGCUCGCGCAUAUCUUUUUCACCUACUGGGUUGCACUCUGUUUGCUAACAAGAGUGCAACCAAUGUCCAUGUUGUCUACUUGAAGGCCCUUCGUGACCUCAUUAUGACAGAGAGGUACACCUGGGGAGUGGCUGCUUUGGUUCAUAUGUACGACCAGCUGAACGAUGCAUCUAUGAGCCACAGUCGACAGCUUGGUGGUUACAUCACACUACUGCAGGUAACAAAUAUUGCUGGAUUUACGAGCACUUUCCCUUGGUCGUGGAGUCCACCGCUGAUUAGGACUAAGACCGUGAAGAGCAUUCGCACGCCGUUGUACAGGGAGCGCCUGGACCGACUCCGAAUUCUGGAUGUCUGUUGGAUCCCUUAUGGGGAGCAUCAGGAGGUCCGGGACUUCCACGUCAAAUCAUGUUAUUCCGGUCUCUUGCGCUGGGGGUCUGUUGCUGUUUAUUACCGACCAGAGAGGGUCAUGCGGCAGUUUGGCUACAUGUAG